GCUUGUCGCCAGUAUCCCUGGAAGCCGUCAGAAUGAAGUUAUUAGUUGUUGCUGCAGCCUGCUUGGUGGCGCUGGUCGCCGCGGAGGAGCCCAUCGUGCUCCACUACCAUGAGAACAUCGGCUUCAAGCGCGCGGAGCAGAUCCGCCAAGCUGAGCUGGCGGCGGACUUCGACGGCAACAGGAUCACUGGGGGAUCCGCGGCAUCACUCGGCGCCUACCCUUUCAUGGGCGGUCUGGUCAUCGCUAUGACCACCGGUCAGACCUCAGUCUGCGGCUCCUCUCUGCUGACCAACACGAGGCUGGUGACCGCCGCCCACUGCUGGUGGGACGGUCGCAGCCAGGCGCGUCAGUUCACCGUCGUCCUCGGCUCCAUCCGUCUCUUCUCCGGCGGUACCCGUAUCAACACCAACAGAGUACAGAUGCACGGCAGCUGGAACCCCAACAACGCCAAUAACGAUGUAGCAGUGAUCACCAUCAACUCUGUCAGCUACAGCAACAACAUCCGUAACAUCGCCAUGGCUUCUGGCAGCAACGAUUUCGCCGGUACUUGGGCCUGGGCUGCUGGCUUCGGUGCUACUGGAGAUGGUCACAACAUCGGCUCCAACCAGGCGCUCUCCCACGCCCGUGUGCAGGUUAUCACCAACGCCGUCUGCAGAAACACCUUCGGAUCCUCCAUCGUAGUAGCCUCCACCCUCUGUAUCAGUGGUGCCAACCGCGUCAGCACUUGCGGCGGAGACUCCGGUGGUCCGCUCGUCGCCAACAACCAGCUCAUUGGUAUCACAUCGUUCGGUUCCCCGCGCGGCUGCCAACAGAGCCUGCCCGCUGGUUUCGCUCGUGUCACCUCCUUCAACUCCUGGAUCUCCGCCCGCCUUUGAGCGCCUUCAUCUGACGGACUCGACAACUGCCUAAAGACUUAAUAAAAUAUACUUUUCUGAAAUGUU